AUGGCCGUCAACGAGAUCUUCCAGUACUCCAUCAUCUCGGCCCUCAUGGACGGCGUCGCCUCCGAGGGCUUGCCAAUCUCGGAGCUCGUCUCCCACGGGGACCACGGCCUCGGCACAUUCCGCUACAUGCGCGGCGAAAUGGUCAUGCUCGACGGCAAGCUCUACCAGAUGCAGUCGGACAACACAGUGACCCCCGUCGACACGAGCCCUGCCUCCGACGCCGUCGCCCCCUUCGCCAUGGUCACCCGCUUCCGCCCGACCGUCACCUUCAAGGCCGCCUUCGCCGACAAGAAGGCCCUCUUCGCCCACCUGUCCAGCCACUUCCCCGACUCGCGCAACUUCUUCCUGGCCAUCCGCAUCGAGGGCGUCUUCAAGGGCAUCACGGUGCGCACCGCCGCCGGCCAGACCAAGCCGGGAGAGGGCCUGAUGGAGGUCGGCAAGAACCAAGCCUCGCACACCUUCGAGGAGCCGGUACGCGGGUACGUCAUCGGCUUCCGUUCCCCCGAGUACACCAUGGGCAUCAGCGUCGCCGGCGACCAUAUGCACUUUAUCACCGAGGACCGGACCCAGGGCGGCCACAUCCUGUCCUUCGGAACGGACGGCGACGUCGAGAUCAGCGCGGCGCAGAUCUCAAAAUGGCACGUGGAGCUGCCGACGAACGACCCGGAUUUCUCCAAGGCCAAGCUAGAGGGGGACAAGGAGGGCAUCGCCGCGGUUGAGGGUUAG